CACACUGCACUCUACUACUGAUGUCAUAGGGAAGCUCAGCUUCAGACCCUGGGAAUCUCAAUGGCAAUUGCUGCACCAAUUACUGCUUGAACCCACCACAGGGCUCAGGUGGAUGAGAACUGGAUUCUGCAGUCUAACUUGGCCUUUUCCCUUUAGAAGUCACCAACAAGUAGCAGCUACAACCCUUAGCAAAUAACCUUACUGUUCUGUUAUUGUAAUCCCAUUUUCUUUCCUGCACAUAGAGAACUGAGUGAAUGAUGCAGUCAGUAAGGCCCCGCGUAACUCAAGAGGAGACGGUGCUGUACCAAGGAUAUGCUACCAAAUCCCCCCCAAAGAUGUUCCUGAAUAAGUGGAAGGAGAGAUAUUUCAUCUUAUGGACCAAUUCAGAACAAGUGUGUAACCUGGUGUAUUAUGAAACAAAUAAAGCCCGCAAGAAAAAGGGGGAGAUACCCGUCAGCGAGAUCAUAGAUGUCAAGAAAGGUAACGACGUGGCCAAAAUAUCUUCCAUCAUAAAGAUGCACUUGUGCCCACCUGAGAAUGUGCUGGAGAUUACGACAAAAAGUCGGAAAUACUACCUUAUUACUAACCACAGAGAGGAGACAGAAGCCUUAUAUACACAGCUUGUCCGCCAGAGGCCACAGCCCCAACAGCCCCAACAAGAGGCUUCUCUUUCAAUUCCCAUCCCAGAGACCAAUGAAGCCAGACAUCCUCCUGCACUUCCUAAUCCUCAUAAUCUCUGGGCUUCAUCACAAACACAAAGAAUUCAAUGGCAGCAGGAUUUCAAGCAGGACAGACCGAUCACCUACCCCAACACUAAGACCAAGAAGAGUACUGGUCAUAGGAACAAGAAAUAUCACAGCACUCCCGAGCAUUUCCAACACCCCACUCUUGAUACUUUAUUUUCAAUGUUAUCCAUGUUUCAGAAUCCAGCAAAUACAGUCAGUGCUGCGCAGUCAAACUCUGAAAGUGAAGGUGAAUGGGACCCCCGGGAGAACAGUGAGCAGGACAGCGGUGAGCAACUUCCCCUUAAAAAUGAGAAACCCAAGAGAACUCUCCAACGAAACACCUUCCGGAAGAUAACAGUGAAGAUGUCCACAGAAGAACUCAAGAAGUACUUUGAUGUUGGAAAAUGCCUACAUGUCAGGGAGUGGAAGCCCCCUGAAGAUACCAGCUUCCACUUAAAAAAGGGGGAUCUCAUUUUCUGCAUCAAUGGUUUUAGGCUGGAGAGCCGGAAAAUGCUGUUUUACCUGCUGAACUGCUGCACAGAGAAAGAGGUGAUGCUGACUCUGAUCAGAGUGGAGCCUCACUUCCAUACAAUGGGCUGCUCCUGCACUUCCCCUGGUGCCAACGAUGAAGCUUUAAAUUGAUUUUGAUUGGUCAUAUGUCCCUAAAGGAGCCAAGGAAGAGCCAAGGCCAGGCCCAGCUGUAUAGUCAUGUAUGCCGGUGCUGUGGGGACAGUAGGAAACGAAGACACAACAGAUCUCAUUAAUCAACAUGGGACCAAGCUGAACUAUUCCUGCUCAACACUUAGGGGCAGAUUCAUCUAAGUGUGAAAUUACAGUUCACCAGGGUAAAAUGUCACCCGUCUCUAUUGAUUUCUAUGAGAUUUUAUUGACAUAUUUAGCAAAUGGUGAACUCUAACUUUCCCCCCAUUGGCAAAUACGCCUCUAAAAAUCACAUAGAAAUGUGCAGAGACAGGUGAAGGUUUACUAUGGGAAACUCUAAAUCUGCCCCAAAUGUUACUCUUCUCUUGUGUAUAUUUUUACUCUACCAAAUGAUCUAUUUCAUUCUAGGCAGCCUGGCAAGGUGUGGGUUCCUUUAACAGCCGGGUACAAAGUAAAGAUGCCACACUUGCUGAUGUUUUGCUAAACAUAUAAAUCAGAACCAUGAACAGCAAAUAAAAAGAAUGUCGGUAAAGAA